UGCUAGCAGUCAGAGACAGAUCUAAGCAAACAGAACUAAGAACCAUUUGUAUUCCAGAAGUCUUCUAGCUAUGUUGUUGAUAAUAAGCCUUUGUCUGUUUGCAGUUUCUCCAGCCCUCUUUUUUCCAGUUCAAGAAGCCUGUACUAAAGGACGAAACAAGUUGCUGCUCAUCUCCUUUGACGGAUUCAGGUGGGAUUAUGACCGGGAUGUGGACACACCAAAUCUCGACAGGAUGGCUCAAGAUGGCAUAAAAGCUACUUAUGUCACCCCACCCUAUAUAACAAUCACUAGCCCGAGUCACUUCUCUCUGCUUACAGGCCGUUACAUUGAGAAUCAUGGCGUGAUUCACAAUAUAUGGUUCAACACCACUACUCAAGAGAAGAAGCAAUAUUACAAGGCACAGUUUGUCGAUGACUACUGGGACAACGGCAGUCUACCGAUAUGGAUCACAGCUCAAAGACAGGGUCUGAAAACAGGCUCCUUGCAUUUUCCGGCUACGGCUGCCACAUAUCAAAAUGAGACUGUGCAAGUGAGAGAGGUGGAAUCUCAAUUUUAUGACUACACCAAUGAGACAGACUGGAGAGUGAAUGUGGAUAAAGUGAUGGGUGAUUGGUUUAAAACACAGGAUUUGGACUUUGUCUCACUAUAUUUCGGUGAACCAGACCAGACAGGCCAUAAAUAUGGGCCUGAAUCCCCAGAGCGGCGUGAUGCAGUAAGGAAGGUGGACCGUACCAUCGGCUAUAUACGUGACACCGCACAAAAGCAUGGUCUUGCUGACCACCUAAACAUCAUCAUCACUGCCGAUCAUGGUAUGACUACUGUACUGAAAGGGAAUGCAAUAAAGCAGAUUACACUGUCCCAAAUCCCUGGCUUCUCAUUUCGGGAUAUUAAGUUUCAGUUGUUGGACUAUGGCCCUAAUGGGAUGCUGUUGCCUAAGGAGGGCAUGCUUGAGAAAGUUUAUAAUGUUCUCAAAGGUGCACAUCCUAAUCUCCAUGUCUAUAAGAAGAAAGAUAUGCCUGCUCGUUUGCAUUAUUCAAAUCAUCCACGUAUUUUACCCCUCAUUCUCUAUGCUGACCCAGGAUAUAUAAUUAAUGGGCUUUUCCCAGUUCAGACCAGUAAAGGAGAACAUGGGUUUGAUAAUCAAGCUUUAGACAUGAAGGCUUUCUUCAGGGCAGUGGGGCCUGACUUUCACAAAAACCGAGUAGUGGGACCUUUUGAAACAGUCAAUGUUUAUCCCUUAAUGUGUCAUCUACUGGGAAUUAAACCUGAAAUCAAUGAUGGCUCUCUUGAUAACACCAGACAUCUUCUAGUCUCUGGUGGGCAACAGUGUGACAGCAAAGAAGCAGAUCAGAUAAGUGUUGUCACAGGCCUAGCUGCAGUUGUUGGGUUUCUGGUAGUUGUCUUCAUCAUUGUUUCAUCUUAUAAUGUCUUCAAGCGAAAGAGAAGUAAUAUAAGGUGUGAUCCCAAAGCAAAGCACCAAGACGAUGUUGAUUCAAAGAAAACAGCAUUGUGAUUAUCAUUCAUUUAAAUUAGAAUGUUUUCAUACAUUUGUAUUUUUCAUUUUCCACAACAACAAAAAAAAGUCUGCACAGUGAACAUUAACAAUUUGAUUAGGAAGUUAGUGCUAUUAUUUAUUUUAUAAAAGUGAUCUUGUCAGACAUUAUGCAAAUAGUUUAAGAAAAAGACUGAACAUUGUCAAGAUAUUUAUUAAACAUGUGAUGUAAGAAACUGAAGAUCAUUUGAAUAUUUAACUUGAUAGAAGAAUUCAUGAUAUUUAUUCGGAUUAUAUCAUGCUUGUGUCCUGGUUCUCUACUGCCAUCUAGUGGAGAUAGCCUAGCACUCAGCUAUCCAUAGCAAAACUUU